AUGUUCCUCCUCUGGCUCGUCCUGCUCCUGGGCGUCUACGGCAUCUACAAGUACCGCGCCGAAAAGGCACUCAAGGUCCGCUGGACGCCCGACCUCGACACCCUCAGCUUCAGCCAGCAGCCCCUGGCCGCGCCGCCGCACCACCUCAACACGUCCAACUACAAGUUCCCGCUGCGCACCGAGGGCAGGAAUGUCGUCGACGCCGACGGCAAGCGCUUCAAGCUCGCCAGCGUCAACUGGUACGGCGCCUCGGACGAGCUCUUUGUCGUGGGCGGCCUCAACAUCCAGCACCGCAGCGUCAUCGCCGACACCAUCAAGAAGCUCGGCUUCAACAGCGUCCGCAUGCCCUACGCCGACGAGCUCGUCACCGCCAACCCCGUCGUCGACCCCAAGCUCCUCACCAAGAACCCGGACCUCGUCGGCAAGACCGCCCUCGAGAUCCUCGCCGCCGUCACCACCUCCCUCACCGACGCCGGCCUCGCCGUCAUCAUGAACGACCACAUCACCGCCGCCACCUGGUGCUGCGGCGCCGACCCCUGCGACGCCGGCUGGCAGAACGACCACCUCGGCCCCAUCUGCCGCGUCAAGCAGACCGAGGAGGACUGGAUCCGCAACUGGGAAACCGUCAUGCGGCCCCACGUCGACAACCCCCUCGUCAUCGGCGUCGACCUGAGGAACGAGGUCCGCGGCCUGUGGGGGACCAUGCCCUGGUCCUCCUGGGCCGCCGCCGCCGAGAGGGCCGGCAACCGCCUGCUCAAGAUGAACCCCAACUGGCUCGUCGUCGUCGAGGGCACAGAGUCCGGCAACGACAUCUCCGGUGCCCGCACCCGCCCCGUCCAGCUCGACGUUCCCAACCGCCUCGUCUACUCCGCCCACGCCUACGGCUGGUCCGGCUGGGGCAGCCUCGGCGGCCGCUUCGUCCAGCGCUCCUACGAGUCCUUUGCCGCCACCAUGCAGUGGAACUGGGGCUACCUCCUCGAGCAGGGCAUUGCCCCCGUCUGGGUCGGCGAGCUCGGCGCCUCGCACUCGCCUGGCAUGGGCUCGAGGAACUAUUGGGCCAACCUGUUCCGCUACCUCAAGUACCACGACGCCGACUUUGGCUACUGGGCGCUCAACCCCAGGAAGCCCAGGCGGAACGCGGCCGAGUCGUAUGCCCUCGUGCAGGAUGACUAUGUCACCCCCAUACUGGACUAUCGGAUGAAGGAUAUGCUGGAACUCAUGUCGCAAUGA